AUGGUAGAAUUUACAUGUGCAUUGGAGAUGGAAUGUAAAAGAUCAUUGGGAAGCAGUGAAUACGUUUUUUAUCAUCCUAUCCAACUUGAUAAUUUCUUGAUUACUUGUUGGAAGACUAUUCCAGUAGGUAAUGUCAAGUCAUCUGCAUCUGGGUCAUCAUCGUCAUCAUCAUUUGUAUCAGCCAAACCAUCAACAGCCUACUCUAACAAUAGUCCACCAAUGGAAUCUUAUGGCGAUCGAUACUGCUGUUCCAUCUAUGAAGAUGGUGACAUUAUCAUUCCAUCGUAUGACCGUCGAUUGAGAAAGUUCAAAUGGUCAAAAAAAACUCAUUUCACUAAAGAAGAGCUGGAAACUAUGAUUAGUGACAUUGUUUUUUCAACUGGUCCAAGAUCCUAG